AUGUCCACCAUGACCACUCCAACUCCUAGCGCAUCUUGCUUCCUGGUAGGCCCCGUCCCGUUCAAGGACGUCGCCGGCCCCGAAGACGACAACCACAUCACCCCGCCAGAAGAGUGCGGGCACAUCAUCUCCACCUUACCGACCAUCGCGUUCCUAGGCCGCUUUGUGCACCACCAAUAUCAGGGCGCUUGGGUGAUCCACGAGAGGCUCCCCGGGGUCCUCUCUUUCCAGCGGAGCUUCACCCCGCGGCCCGGCGACGUGCUCCUCGCGAGCCCACCCAAGUGCGGGACAACGUGGCUCAAGGCCUUGUCUUUCGCCAUCAUGGCGCGGGCGGCGUACCCGCCCACCGCCGGCGACCACCCGCUCCUCCGCCUCAACCCACACGAGUGUGUCCCCUUCAUUGAUGACCUCUUCAGUGCAGGGCAGGACGCCAAGCUGGAGGCUUUGCCGUCGCCUAGACUCAUGAACACGCACAUGCACCACUCCCUGCUGCCGGCCUCCGUUGCCGUCGACCCCAACCUUAAGGUCGUCUACAUCUGCAGGGAACCCAAGGAUAUGUUAGUGUCCAUGUGGCACUUUGGCAAUACCAUACACCCAUGUGACUUCUCCGACAUGUUCGAGAGUGUCUGCGAGGGUAAGAGCCCAGAUGGUCCCAUCUGGGACCAUGUUCUCGGCUACUGGAGAGCAAGCAAAGCUAGUCCGGAGAGAGUUUUGUUCUUGAGGUACGAGGAGAUGCUUCUCAAUCCAGUUGAGAGUGUCAUGAAGCUGGCGGGGUUCCUCGGGGUGCCAUUCUCGGCCGUCGACGAAGUGGCAGGGCUGCCGGCAGACAUCGUUAAAUUGUGCAGCAUCGACACAAUGAAAGGCCUGCAGGUGAACAAGACGGGCGCUUCCGGUCUGUUUUACAAGUUCCAGCAUAAAUCCUACUUCAGGAAAGGGGCGACCGGAGACUGGGUGAACCAUAUGACACCAGAGAUGGCGCAGCGAUUGGACGACAUUUUCGAGUACAAGCUACGUGGGUCAGGAUUGUCUUUCAGCUCUUGAAUCGAUCGGGUGGAAUACAACACCUAGAUAUUUGUAAUAAAAUCGCAUAUUUAUACUACAUUUGUCACAGAAGAAGGCACUGUUAAAUUUACGUGCAUUUCCAUAAUA